AUGCCGUACAACCGCCCGCCGCCCGAGCAGCGGUCGCGCCAGCCCGACCGGUUCUACUCGCCCACGCAAGCGACAACGUAUCACUCGGCAGCGAAUGCUUCCAUCCAGCGGGAUCUGACGAGCCUUGCGCUGUCUUUACUGCCGCGCGACGCGGCCACGGCCUGCCUUUUAGACAUUGGCUGCGGGUCGGGGCUCUCAACGGCACACUUGCCGCCGCACGCCGUCGGCAUUGACAUGAGUCUCUCGAUGCUGCAGAUCGCGACGCGCGGCGCGGCGUCGUCCUUUGUCUGCGGCGCUGCCAUGGACCUGCCGUUUCGAGACGGUAUGUUCGACCACGCGAUUAGCAUCUCGAUGCUGCAGUGGCUCUCGGACGAGCAACUGCGGCGCUUCUUCCGCGAGCUUUCCCGCGUUCUCCAGCCGCAUGGUACGGCGGUGUUUCAAGUGUACCCGCUCGACGAGGCCCAUGCACGUGAGAUGGUACAAGCGGCAACGGCAACGCAGAAGCGCGCGACGUUCGUCGCCGACUUCCCGCACCAGAACAGCGCGCUCAAGUGGUUUCUUUGCGUCGAGCCUCGCAACAACUGCGCCGCCGAGUGCGGACGCGAGGAAGAGAAGUGCCCACUCGCCCGGCGCAUGCACGGCACGUGUGCCUACCGCUUUCGCAGCGCGCGCCACCUUGACGCUGGCCGUCUCGUCCACGAACACGUACAGUACGCAUGGCAUGCGUACCGCAAGGUAAAUCGGGCUCGCCUGCUUGCUGCGUCCAAGCCGCCGACCCAGCACAACAACGAGCGCCGCAUCUUUCCCAACGAGGAGGCCCUUGUCGAUGCGCUUGUGGCGGCGCACGGCCCAACGCUGUCGCUUGAUGUGCUCAAAAGCGUGAGUGACAAAGUCAUUUGCUUGAUGCACGCCACGUACACGGCCGCCGAAGCCACCGAAGCCGCGAGGCCUACCCAGGAAGCGCCCGAAUCAGUAGAAUAGUGUGGAGACAACAUGACACCGACGAGGUUGACGCCGA